AUGCAAGGAUCUUUUGAAGACCCAGGUCUUGUUCCUCGUACUCUUGAUACCGUUUUCAACUCAAUUGGUUCUCAUCUGACUCUUAAAUAUGUAAUUAAACCGAAUGGUCACAAUGGUUUUGAGAUUCAAUCUGAAGCAGAAGCAAUAAUGGAUCGACAGCGUCUCGAAUACUCGGUAAAGCGGACUCCCAUGAAGGGAGAUUACACUCUAUCGGCUUUGGAACAUCGUCUUGUUGAAACAACUGUUAUUCCCAUCUCUCAGCAAUAUCUCUACGCAGUUUUCAUAUCCUAUGUUGAGCUUUAUAAUGAUGUCAUUUACGAUCUGCUGGAUCCCACAAACAGCGGAAAAUCUCUCAGCCUCUAUGAAGAUGCUAAUAAAAAUACCUACGUUAAUGGAGUCACCGAAAUCGAGGUCAAGUCUUCAAAUGAAGCGCUACAGGCUUAUUAUAGAGGUCAACAACGUAGACGUGUUGGUUCUACUAUUCUUAAUAACGAAUCAAGUCGAAGUCAUGGAAUCUUUUUCAUUCGUAUUGUCCGGACUGGAUAUGACCAAACCUAUGAUGAAGUCAUUAUGGUAGAUUCUAUUACAAUAGAUAAGAACUUGCUUUCUGUGAGUCAACUUUGUCUUGUCGAUCUGGCAGGCUCUGAAAGAACCUGCAGAAGUGGAACUGCUGGCACGCGCCUCAAAGAAGCAUCUACAAUCAACAAGUCUCUAAUGUCGCUAAGACAGUGCAUUGAUGCCCUAAGAUCCAAUCAGGGUGCUAAGUCGUUGAAGAACCCGAGCGCUCAACCUCAAAUAGUUCCUUACAGAGAUUGCAAGCUAACUCGCAUCUUUAAGUCCUUUUUUGAUGGUCGUGGGCAGGUAGCCAUUCUUGUGUGCAUACAUCCAACGGCGAAGGAGUUUUCAGAGACUACACAAGUACUUCAGUUUGCUGAAUCUAGUCAGCAGGUUUCCACGGUUAUUCCUCUUACACCGAUGAGAAGUGAAGUCGCAUCUGAGCGCUCUAGCUCCUCAGCUGACUUGAUGGCUCUUAAUAACGAUAUCCUCGAGUCGGUUGCAACGCUUGAAUCUUUGGAUACCAAACUGCGUGGAGCUGGAUCCUUUUUCAUGUCCGACAAUUUGGAGGAAUUCAUGACGAAUGUUGGUUGUGCAUGUGGGUGUGGAGAAAAGGGACGUCGUCGAAGUUCAAAAUCCUCACGUCGUUCUACCAUGGAGGGUGUUCACCAUGGUUCCUCUUCUUGCCCUCUUCUCUCUCUUCUUCAAGUGCGAAUCGAUGAACGCCAGAAGCUCAGGGAGCUUCUAUCUCGUUUUGCAACAGAAGCCAAUGCAUCCCUUGAUAACUUUCUCCGUCGGGCUGAGAAGGAUUCGAGUCGAGCUCUUGCUGAUGCUUUAGGAAAAUCCAAGGUGGAAACACUUCAUUUGGAUUCGAGAAUUAAGCAUUUGGAGAAUGAGAUAGCAAGACUGAGAACCCUACGCUCACAGGAACGUAACGACCAUGAUCGUGAAUUGACUGGAACCAAAGCCCAGAUCAGAAAGCUCAAGGAGCAACUGGCGUCUCUCCAGCAAAUGUCACGUUCAAUACCUCGAGUCAAGCGAACUCCUCGAGGUUCCAUUAGCUCUACAAGCACCACUGAUGACAUGGGUUCUUCGAGGUAUAAUCUAAGGAAAGGACCUGCUGUUCCAUCGACUAUGAACCGUGUGGCACUUCUUUCCCGUCAAUGGGAGACCCGCUUGGCAAAAGAGAAACAAGAAGCCCCAGGUGCUCGAAGAGGGGAUCGACGUUCAAUGUCGCGUUCACGUACUGAAGUGGCUCUGGCCCAAGCCACCAACCGACCUCCAGCAAUGAACCCUCGACACCGUCGGUCAAAAUCGGUUGGCGGCGAUGCCACUGUCUGGCUGGAACACAGAGAAGACCGCCCUGCGCCUCUGGGCACCAUUCUCUCACCUACUGGUAUUAACGUACGCAAAUCUGCUACCAAAAUUAGUCUGCAAGAUACUCUCAAAGCGACAAAUUACCUACUUCAUCAUCAGACUUCUACACCUGAUGGAGAUUUGGAAACUAAACUCUAUAAGGGUUCGAUAAUCCCUACUGCAGGCGGUGGUUCAGCGGUUGUUUUCAAUGACGUUGAAGAGUUACGACAGGUUUCCCCACUCAAUACCAGUUUACGCCGUUCAUCUAGACUUUCGGCAAAGCGACAUUCAUCUGGGACUUUAUAUGAAGACACAAUUGAAAAUAUUGACAAAGAGAAUGAAUUCUUGGGUAAUGGAGAUGGCGUGCUUCCACUCUCUGCGAAACGCCGUGCAUCAGCUUCCCAUUGCAAUAAGCGAUCUUCGCUGAUCUCCACGACUUCUGGCAUCUCCACAGCAAUGGAACAAACCGAAAACGACGAUACUGACGAUAAGAGUUAUAAAACUAUCACUCCUCCUGCUAAAGACAAAUAUCUCGGUUUCAGCUACACUGGAGGCAUCUCUGGAUUCUACAAACACUAA